AUGGAUGCCAAGCUUGCCGCCCUCGUCGCCUUGCUUGCGUUGCUCGGGCCAGUGGCUUGCCAUGGCGCCAGCAUCAUUUGCCUGGGCGGGUGGGUUCGCCCAGUCCCAUCGCUCCUGGGCGGCGGCCUGAUCUGCCCCAGAAACCUGACCUCUUACCCCCUGAAGAAGGGCCCUGCCCCCUCAGCGUCAGUGCUCAAGGUCGGCUACUACAACAGCAGCAACAGCAACGCGUGCCCCAACGCGGAAGACAUCGUGAGGAAGGUCGUGGAGGACGCCUGGGGUGGGGGACCAGAGACCUCGGCCCUGUUUGGCUGGUUACCUCAGCCUGCCACAGUUAUGGCCGCGCUGGAGAAUAGAUGGUUAGGGUUUUCAGAUUCGAUAAUUUGUCCUGCUGAUUCCGACCCACCUUCCUCCGCCGCAGCUGCAAUGUCCAACCUCGGCGGCGGCGCCGAGGCGCACGCGCGCUUCAAGCAGUACGAGUACGGCGCCAACUCCAGCCUCGUCCUCACCACCGACUCCCGCCCGCGGGACACCCACGAGCCCACCGGCGAGCCCGAGACGCUCUGGGGCAGGAUCGACUCCAGGUCCUUCGGCGACCGCGCCGUCCAGAACAAGCCGCCCGAGCUCGAGGAGAAGCUCUCCAAGUCGCGCACCAAGAAGUCUAAGCGCGACGCUGCCGCCGCGGUCGACCCCGACCUCCCCCGUCGCGACGCCAAGCGCAGGCGCCGCGCCGCUUCCGCCCAGGAGGUCUCCGUCCUCUCCCUCACCGACGACGCCGUCUACAAGCCCCAGACCAAGGAGACGCGCGCCGCCUACGAGGCCUUGCUGAGUCUCAUCCAGCAGCAGCUCGGCGGCCAGCCCCUUGACGUCCUCGCCGGGGCUGCUGACAAGGUGCUCGCCACGCUCAAGAAUGACAAGGUCAAGAACCCUGAUAAGAAGAAGGACAUUGAGCAACUGCUCAACCCUAUCUCCAGCCAGCUCUUUGACCAGCUUGUCUCCAUCGGCAAGCUCAUCACCGACUUUCAUGAUGCGGUGGCCGGUGAUGCUGCCGGUGCGCCUUCUGCCGACGGCAUGGGCACCACCCUGGAUGAUGAUGUCGGUGUUGCUGUCGAGUUUGAAGAUGACGACGAGGAGAGUGAUUUUGAUCAGGUGCAAGAUGAGCUGGAUGAGGAUGACGAAGAUGACAUGGCUGAGUUGAAUGGUCCUGGAGGUAUGCAGAUGGGCGGUGAGUUAGACGAUGAUGACAUGCAGAACGCCAACCAGGGGCUGGCUGUCAAUGUUCAGGACAUCGAUGCUUACUGGCUCCAGAGGAAGAUAUCCCAGGCAUAUGGGGAUGGGGACAUUGAUGCCCAGCAGAGCCAGAAGCUUGCCGAGGAUAUCUUGAAGAUCAUUGCUGACGACAGAGACGUCGAGAAUCGCCUUAUCAUGCUCUUGGACUAUGGGAAGUUUGAUCUCAUUAAGUUGCUGCUGCACAACCGUCUCAAGAUUGUUUGGUGCACCCGCUUAGCCAGGGCCGAAGAUCAGGAACAGAGGAAGAAGAUAGAGGAAGAGAUGGCAAGUGACCCAAGCUUGGCUCCAAUAUUGGAGCAGCUACAUGCAACCAGAGCAUCUGCAAAGGAGAGGCAGAAGAACCUGGAGAAAAGCAUCAGGGAUGAGGCGAAGAGGCUCCUCAACAAUGCUGCUGCUGCUGGCGCUGAUGGUGCCUGGGACCGCAGGGCAGCUGAGUGGGACAUGGAGAGUGGAUGGCUGAAAGGACAGAGACAGCUGCUUGAUCUCGAAAGCCUCUUGUUCCAUCAGGGUGGUCUCUUUAUGGCUAACAAGAAAUGUGAACUGCCGACUGGAUCGUUUAGAACCCCUCAUAAGGGAUAUGAGGAGGUUCAUGUGCCAGCACUGAAGGCUAAGCCUUAUGAAACAGGGGAGAAGAUUGUCAAGAUAUCUGAUAUGCCAGAGUUUGCACGGUCAGCUUUCGAUGGGAUGACCCAGCUGAACAGAGUUCAGAGCAGGGUCUAUGAUACUGCUCUUUUCAAACCAGACAAUAUCCUUCUCUGUGCUCCGACUGGUGCUGGCAAAACAAACGUGGCUGUGCUUACCAUCCUUCAGCAGAUCGGUCUGCAUAUGCAGGAUGAUGGACAGUUUGAUAAUACCAAGUACAAAAUUGUCUAUGUGGCCCCGAUGAAAGCGUUGGUUGCUGAAGUCGUUGGAAACUUGUCGAAGCGUUUGGCAGGUUACAAUGUUACUGUUAGGGAGCUCAGUGGAGACCAGAACUUGACCAAGCAACAGAUUGAUGAAACACAGAUUAUUGUCACGACACCUGAGAAAUGGGAUAUUGUGACCAGGAAAUCAGGGGACAGAACCUAUACUCAAAUGGUGAAGCUGUUAAUCAUUGAUGAGAUCCAUCUGCUACAUGAUAACAGAGGGCCUGUUCUGGAGAGCAUUGUUGCUAGGACAGUCAGGCAGAUUGAGACGACCAAGGAGCAUAUCCGUCUGGUUGGGCUCUCUGCGACUCUACCAAACUAUGAAGAUGUUGCAUUAUUCUUGCGCGUUCGCAAAGAAAGCCUCUUCUAUUUUGACAACAGUUACCGACCUUGCCCUCUUGCUCAGCAAUACAUUGGGAUCACUGUGAGGAAGCCACUACAGAGGAUGCAGCUGAUGAAUGAGAUUUGUUAUGAGAAGGUUAUGGCUGCCGCUGGUAAGCAUCAAGUGCUUAUAUUUGUACACUCAAGGAAGGAGACGGCAAAGACUGCCAAAGCCAUCAGAGAUACGGCGUUGGCAAAUGACACAGUCAGCCGCUUUCUGAAGAACGAGAGUGCAAGCCAAGAGAUCCUUGGCACUCAUGCUGAACUUGUCAAAAACAAUGAUCUUAAAGACCUUUUGCCUUAUGGGUUUGCUAUUCAUCAUGCUGGGAUGGCAAGGGUUGACCGUGAGCUUGUUGAGGUACUUUUUGCUGAGAAGCACAUUCAAGUACUUGUAUCCACUGCUACCCUUGCAUGGGGUGUCAAUUUGCCUGCACAUACUGUUAUCAUAAAGGGUACGCAGAUUUACAACCCAGAAAAAGGUGCUUGGACAGAACUAAGCCCUCUGGAUGUUAUGCAGAUGCUUGGUCGUGCAGGAAGGCCUCAGUAUGAUACACAUGGAGAGGGAAUAAUCUUGACUGGCCACAGUGAAUUGCAGUUCUACCUGUCUCUUAUGAACCAGCAGCUGCCUAUUGAGAGUCAGUUCAUAUCCAAAUUGGCUGAUCAAUUGAAUGCAGAGAUUGUUCUGGGGACUAUUCAGAAUGCUCGUGAAGCAUGCUCGUGGCUUGGCUAUACUUACCUCUAUAUUCGGAUGCUCCGCAAUCCAACAUUGUAUGGUUUGCCAGCAGAUAUCUUGGAGAGUGAUAAAACGCUUGAUGAAAGGAGAGCUGAUUUGAUACAUUCCGCUGCAAAUCUACUGGAUAGGAACAAUCUGAUAAAGUAUGACAGGAAAACAGGAUACUUUCAAGUUACUGACCUGGGAAGGAUUGCCAGUUAUUACUAUAUCAGUCAUGGAACUAUUUCAACAUACAAUGAGUACCUAAAACCUACAAUGGGUGAUAUCAAACUGUGCCGACUGUUUUCUCUUAGUGAAGAAUUUAAGUAUGUAGGUGUCAGGCUUGAUGAGAAAAUGGAACUGGCAAAGCUUUUGGAUCGUGUGCCAAUACCUGUGAAAGAGAGCUUGGAGGAACCCAGUGCAAAGAUCAAUGUUCUGCUGCAAGCAUAUAUUUCUAGGUUCAAACUGGAAGGCCUUUCUCUUAGUUCUGAUAUGGUCUACAUCAGACAGAGUGCUGGCCGUCUCUUACGAGCACUAUUUGAGAUUGUUUUGAAGAGGGGAUGGACUCAACUAGCGGAGAAAGCGCUGAAUCUUUGCAAGAUGGUUGAUAAACAAAUGUGGAGUGUCCAAACUCCCUUGCGGCAGUUUACUGGAAUUCCAAAGGAGAUCUUGAUGAAACUCGAGAAGAAGGAGUUGGCUUGGGAGAGGUACUACGAUCUGUCCUCACAAGAAAUUGGUGAACUGAUCCGCUAUCCCAAGAUGGGGAGGCAGCUGCACAAGUGCAUCCACCAGUUACCAAAGCUGAAUCUUUCAGCCCAUGUCCAGCCCAUUACUCGUACAGUUUUGGGUUUUGAGCUGACAAUUACACCUGAUUUCCAGUGGGAUGAUAAGGUACAUGGAUAUGUGGAGCCCUUUUGGGUUAUUGUUGAGGAUAAUGAUGGCGAGUACAUUCUUCACCAUGAAUAUUUCAUGCUUAAGAAACAGUAUGUUGAUGAAGAUCAUACAUUGAACUUCACAGUGCUGAUAUAUGAGCCACUGCCUCCUCAGUAUUUCAUUCGUGUUGUGUCUGACAAGUGGCUUGGUUCUCAGACAAUUCUCCCUGUGUGCUUUAGGCACUUAAUUCUACCAGAAAAAUAUGCUCCACCAACUGAAUUGCUUGAUCUGCAGCCUCUACCUGUUAGUGCAUUGAGAAAUGCAAGAUACGAGGGCCUUUAUAGUGCUUUUAAGCAUUUCAAUCCCAUCCAAACUCAAGUAUUCACUGUCUUGUAUAACAGCGAUGCCAGUGUGUUGGUCGCUGCGCCAGCUGGCAGUGGGAAGACGAUAUGUGCGGAGUUUGCUAUACUAAGGAACCACCAGAGGGAAGUGUCUGGUGAGAGCAACAUGCGGGUUGUUUAUAUAGCUCCCAUUGAAGCUCUUGCAAAAGAAAGAUACAGGGACUGGGAGCGGAAAUUUGGAGAGUUUGCCAAGGUAGUUGAGCUCACUGGUGAAACAGCAGCUGAUUUGAAGCUUCUGGAUAAAGGUGAGAUCAUAAUCAGUACUCCUGAAAAGUGGGAUGCACUGUCUCGCCGGUGGAAACAGCGAAAGCACAUCCAACAGGUCAGCUUAUUCAUAGUUGAUGAACUUCAUCUACUUGGAUCUGAUAAGGGACAUGUUUUGGAAGUCAUUGUAUCUAGGAUGAGGCGUAUUUCCAGUCAUAUAGGCAGUAACAUACGGAUCGUAGCACUUUCAGCAUCACUUGCUAAUGCUAAAGAUCUCGGUGAAUGGAUUGGUGCCACCUCUCAUGGCCUUUUCAACUUCCCUCCAGCAGUGAGACCUGUGCCAUUGGAAAUUCAUAUCCAGGGUGUGGAUAUAGCAAACUUUGAGGCAAGGAUGCAAGCAUUGACAAAGCCUACCUACACUGCCAUCACACAGCAUGCAAAGAACAGUAAACCUGCCCUGGUGUAUGUACCGACAAGGAAGCAUGCAAGGUUAACUGCAUUGGACUUGUGUGCGUACUCUAGUGUUUUGGGUGCUGGAACACCAUUUCUUCUUGGGUCAGAAGAUGAGAUGGAUACUUUAACCAGAGGUGUUGAAGAAGAGACGCUUAAGAAUACACUUAAAUGUGGUGUAGGCUAUUUGCAUGAGGGUCUAAGUGAGCUUGAUCAGGAACUUGUAACCCAGCUGUUCCUUGGUGGGAGGAUCCAAAAUAAGCAAGAUGCUGUGGAUUAUCUUACUUGGACUUUCAUGUAUCGGCGGUUGACAAAGAAUCCUAACUUCUACAAUCUUCAGGGUGUAAGUCACAGGCAUCUUUCAGAUCAUCUUUCUGAGCUAGUCGAGACUGUCCUGAAUGAUCUUGAAUCAAGCAAGUGUGUGGCUAUAGAGGAGGACAUGUACCUGAAGCCCCUCAACCUUGGCCUUAUUGCUUCAUACUACUAUAUUAGCUACACAACUAUUGAGCGUUUUAGUUCUAUGCUGACCCAGAAGACUAAGGUGAAAGGACUCCUAGAGAUUCUAGCAUCUGCUUCAGAAUAUGCAGAGCUUCCGGGUCGUCCUGGUGAGGAAGAAUUCAUUGAGAGGCUCGUUCGCCACCAGAGGUUCUCUAUCGAGAAACCCAAGUAUGGUGAUCCACAUGUGAAAGCCAAUGCUCUGCUGCAAGCCCAUUUUUCAAGGCACACAGUGGUCGGGAACCUGGCAGCUGAUCAGCGCGAGAUUCUCCUUUCUGCUCAUAGGUUGCUCCAGGCAAUGGUUGAUGUUAUAUCCAGCAAUGGUUGGCUUAGUCUUGCUCUUAGUGCAAUGGAGCUGAGUCAAAUGGUGACACAAGGCAUGUGGGAUCGGGAUUCUGUGCUGCUUCAAGUUCCACACUUUACAAAGGACUUGGCUCGGAGGUGCCAGGAAAAUGAAGGGAAGCCCAUCGAGAGUAUCUUUGAUCUUGCUGAGAUGGGUGUCGAUGAGAUGCGGGAUCUCUUACAGCUGUCAAACUCUCAGCUGCAAGACAUCAUUGAAUUCUUCAAGCGGUUCCCCAAUGUUGAUAUGACCUAUGAGGUCCGUGAGGGUGAUGAUAUAACCGCUGGUGACAAUGUAACCGUGCAGGUAAUUCUGGAGCGUGACAUGACUAACGUGUCAUCUGAGGUUGGUCCAGUUCAUGCGCCAAGGUUUCCCAAGCCUAAGGAAGAAGGCUGGUGGCUGGUGAUUGGCGACAGCUCCACAAACCAGUUACUGGCAAUGAAAAGAGUGGCACUCCAGAAGAGGGCGAGAGUGAAACUUGAGUUCUCCGCUCCUGCAGAGGCUGUAAGAAAGGAUUACAUGAUUUACUUGAUGUCAGACUCUUACUUGGGCUGCGAUGAGGAGUAUGAGUUCCCCGUUGAUGUCAAGGAUGCUGGAGGGGAUUGA